CCGCGCGCAGCCGGCAGCCGGGAGGGAUCUCAGUAUUAUGGCAUCGAGGAGAAUGGAGACCAAACCCGUGAUAACGUGUCUCAAAACCCUGCUCAUCAUCUACUCCUUCGUCUUCUGGAUCACCGGUGUCAUCCUUCUCGCCGUCGGCGUCUGGGGCAAGCUCACUCUAGGCACGUACAUCUCUCUCAUUGCUGAAAACUCCACCAAUGCCCCCUACGUGCUCAUUGGGACGGGCACCACGAUCAUCGUCUUCGGGCUUUUCGGCUGCUUUGCCACUUGCCGGGGCAGCCCAUGGAUGCUGAAGCUGUAUGCCAUGUUCUUGUCCCUGGUGUUCCUGGCUGAGCUCGUGGCUGGCAUUUCAGGGUUUGUGUUUCGCCACGAGAUCAAGGAUACUUUCCUCAGGACAUACACUGAAGCGAUCCAGAAUUACAAUAAGAAUGAUGAGCGGAGCCAUGCAGUGGAUAACGUCCAGGAAAGUCUGAGCUGCUGUGGCAUUCAGAGCUACACUAACUGGAGCACCAGCCCUUAUUUCUUCAAACAUGGCAUCCCUACAAGCUGUUGCAUGAACUCCAGUGACUGCAAUACUCAGGAUCUGCGCAAUAUGACCGUGGCUGCCACUAAAGUAAACCAGAAGGGCUGUUAUGAUUUGGUGACCAGUUUUAUGGAGACAAAUAUGGGAAUCAUAGCUGGAGUGGCUUUUGGGAUUGCAUUCUCACAGUUGAUCGGAAUGCUUCUGGCGUGCUGUCUGUCCCGGUUUAUUACUGCUAAUCAGUAUGAGAUGGUGUAACGAGAAGUGAGAAACCCAGCGCCUGUCCCAAGACGAGGAUCCGCAGAACUGGAGAAGGACUGAAACGAAUGUCAUAGCACACACACUGUCUCC